AUGGUCGCGAUCCCGCUCUUCAAGGUCGGCGGCCUCCUCCUGCGGACGCUGACCAAGCCCGUGGCCAAGCAGCUCAAGCAGAGCGCCAAGACCAAGCCGUGGCUCAACUCGGUCUGCCGCAGCGUCGGCCAGCACCAGCAUGCGAUCGGGGUCCGGAUACAGAUGAGCAUGCAGGGCCAGAUCCACUGGAAGACGAUUCAGAUCAAGGAGCUGCCGGCCGACCAGGCCGUCGACAAGGGCUCCGAGUUCCUCGGCGAGACGCUCAUCUUCUCGGUCGCGGUGAUCGUUGCGUGGUACGAGUACGACCGCAGCAGCCGCAGCGCCAAGGCGAAGGAGCUCAAGGCCAACGAGCGCGAGUUCCAGCGCCUCCAGCAGAUCGAGAUGCGGUUCCGGAACCUCGAGCAUCUCAUGGCGAGCAUGCAAGACGAGAUCUCGGUGCUCAAGCAGCAAGUCGACGACGCGACGGCCAAGCUCACGCUCUACAAGCACGAGCAGGCCGAGGUCGCGCGCCAGCAGCAGCACCAAGUCGCCGCCACAGGCCGCUGGUGGUAA